AUGGACAAAAAGCUUAAAGCAUAUAUCACACGCAAAUUCCACAGCACCUGGAGUACAGGCCUGCAAGAGUUGGACCGGUUUUGCGCCAAAACUUAUAUUUUCAUUACUCGCAACUCUCAUGACUAUACCAACGGCUAUAUCAGUCGCCGACAAUUGAUUAUGGUAAUUAUUAUGCGGCUUAGUGCCAUGGUAUUUACCGCACGGUACGCCUGGGCGGCCAUACAUGACACUCACACUACUCGUACACGACUGGCCAACACUAACCACUUGUUGGGCGGCAAUUCACGAGUAAUAUCAGCCCUGUUUAGUCUGAUUGGGGCACUCGUGUCGGCCAUAGCGCUCAUCACCAACUAUAUGGAGUGGACGGGUAGUCACCAUACCAUCAAAUUUAUGAACGAUAUACAGUGCAAUAAAGUACAGGUGCCUCUCAACGAGCAUAAUCAAUUGAGAUUCACGAAACGAGCCCACGCAUUGACCAACCUGGUAUUUGCCGGCUCAGUGUACUGUUUAUUGUCUAUGGCUUACGUUAAAUACCAAUUGCAAGAGAUUAACGCGGAAAUAGUGGCCGGGGUAAAAGCGGGCAACACCGGCCUUGUUUUGGCCAGUAUUAAACAUCAUUACAGCGUGGUGAAAAAUAUCCACUUGCUAAAUAAUUCAUAUAGAAGUGUAUUACUUGUGCUGUAUAUGGUGUGCACACCGGCCGUGGAUCUAAUGAUAUACCUGUCCAUUGGUGGUCACACCAGCAACCCGUGGGCGCGGCUAUUCCUGCGGGCUCUGGACGACGGUCUGGCGCUAACACCACCGAUGGGUUGGCUGUCAUGGGAGAGGUUUGCCUGUCAAGUGGAUUGUGUGAAAUACCCGCACAGUUGUAUCAAUGAACAGCUGUAUAAGGAUAUGGCCGACAGGUUUGUGGCCGACGGGUACCACAAGUUGGGCUACGAAUACAUCAAUAUUGACGACUGUUGGAGCGAAAAGGAAAGGGAUGCCAACCAUCGACUCGUGGCCGACCGGAAACGCUUCCCGAGUGGUAUCAAAGCUCUGGCCGAUUAUAUGCACUCAAAGGGACUCAAACUCGGCAUUUAUGGUGAUGUCGGGAACCUUACGUGCGGACAAUACCCUGGUCAAAAUAACCACACCAAAGGUGGUAAAGACUUUUACGACCUAGAUGCUCAGACUAUUGCCGAGUGGGGCGUCGACUCAUUCAAGUCGGACGGCUGUUGGGAAGAGCCCCUGGACUUUGACGUGUUGUACCCAAAAAUGGGUAAAGCUUUGAAUGCAACAGGCCAUAAGAUGUUGUUCAUAUGCGAGUGGCCUUUCUAUCAAUACGUCUAUAGGUCUAAGAAUCCGGACUACGAGGCCAUCGCUAAGACAUGCCAUGUGUUCAGGAAUUACAACGAUGUGACCGAUUCCUGGGCCAGCAUUGACUCAAUUAUCAAAUAUUACGGCGAUUACAACGAAUUAUUCAAAAAAUAUAACGGACCCGGACAUUGGUCAGAUCCCGAUGAACUAACAAUCGGCAAUUGGGGCCUAUCAUGGGAACAGAGUCGCACCCAAAUGGCCAUGUGGUGCAUGUGGUCGUCCCCUCUAUACAUGUCCACUGAUUUGCGUAAACUUAAGCCCGAAUUCAAAGCCAUUUUGCAAAAUAAGGCACUCAUCGAAGUAGAUCAAGACAAACAUGGCAUUAUGGCUACCCGUGUGUUCAAAGACGACAACCGGCAGGUAUGGGUAAAACCGGUUGAACCCAUUGUGAACGGCGAGUGGUCCUAUGCCGUGGCCUAUUUGAACAAGGAGCUUUUGGGCGAUGCUAUACUUAUGUCCCACAAAGUGACUGAACUAAUCCCUACGGCUAAGCCUGGAGUGAAAUAUGAAGUGCACGACCUGUUCCUCGAUGAGGGCAGAGAAGUGUUGGGAACCCUUACCAGAGAUGAUAGUCUGGAGCUAAUGAUCAAUACGGCCGGCGCUGUCCGUAUGGUUAAGCUCUUGGUUAAGAAAUAA